GGAUUUCCAGCAGGUGUCAGCAAUACACUAAAGCGUUUUGGAGUUUUCCAUAAAUAUACAAAAGAGAAAAAACACGACGAGCAGAAGAGAGAAGCGGUCAGUAGAAAUCUGACACAUACCGUGGUAAAUAUUGAGUUUAUUAAAACGGAGAUUGACGACAUGAGUGAUCCAGAAUAAAACAUGAAGAUACUGUGGAACAAACAGGCCCUAUAUCAGGGCUAUUCAAUUGGCAGCCCACAGGCCCAAUCUGAGUCGCCAGUCAUCAUCCAGCCCAGAGGAAGAGCACGCACAGGUACAAACUCCAGGUGCAGCAGCUGAAAUCUGUGACAUACUGUGGUAAAGAUGGAGUUUAUUAAAGAGGAGAUUGAAGACACGAGUGAUCCAGAACCAACCAGAAUAAAACAAGAAGAUACUGAGGAACAAACAGACUGGAUAGAAGUAAAACAGCAAAGACACAAGGUGAAUGAAGUGGUGGAGGAACAUUGUAAAAUCAAAAGUCCAAGAAAAAAAUUUAAACAGAUGCACACCUGCUCACAGUGCGGAAAGAGUUUCUCACACAAAGGAAACUUUAACAAGCACAUGAGAAUCCACACUGGAGAGAAACCGUACACAUGCCCUCAGUGUGGAAAGAGUUUUGCUGAUGCAUCAAGUCUCAAUUAUCAUCUGCAUGUUCACUCUGGAGAAAAACCAUUUAACUGUGAUCAGUGUGAUAAAGAAUUUAUUUCGCCAUCAAAUCUAAAAAACCAUCUGAAAGUUCAUUCAGAUGAGAAGCCUCACUUGUGUUGUUUCUGUGGAAAGAGUUUUUCGAGGCUGACUUACUGUAAACAGCACCAGAAAACACACAAUGAAGUGAGAGAUCAUGUGUGUUGUGAGUGUGGGAAGAGCUUUACUGCAGCUGGUGAUCUGAAACGGCACCAAAGGAUUCAUACUGGAGAAAAACCUUACAAGUGCUCAUAUUGUGACAAGAGUUUCACUGAGUCUGGAAACCUGAAAAGACAUGAGCGAGUUCAUACUGGAGAGAAGCCGUAUCACUGUACUCAGUGUGGAGAGAGUUUCACUCAGUCAACAGCUUUAGUGACUCAUAUUAAAAAGCAUUGUUCUGUGUCAGAGUGAGCAAAUGUUUUCUACAGAUUCAAUAUUUUAAGUAUAUUUUAACAUUGUGAGAUUCAGAUACAGUAAAUAUGAGAUUAGCUCAAAUGAUUAGUUUUGCUGUGAAAUGUCACAAGAUUUGUGGAGAUGUUUUUUUUCUGUGUUGUUGGAAAUCAAAAUCUUUUUUUUUCUAAAAUAUUUAUGUAUAAAUGCAAUAUUAUUAUAUAUAUGCAACAUAAGUUUGCUUUGUAUAAUGAUGCAAAUA